ACUAGUAAUUUAGAAGGGGGGGGAGAAUUAAAGAGCUAGUAAGAAUUGGUUGGGAGAAAUUGAAGAAGAAUUCGGGUAUUUAUAGUUUAGAAUUAGGGCUGAAGCGUAAAAAUUGAUAGGGGUAGUACUUUUUUUUGGUGGGAGGGGGAGGCUGAAAGACUAUUUUUGGUCAUUGCCAACUACUAGUAAAAAAACUUUUGAAUUCGAGUGGCGUGGCCCCAUUCCAUGCCCAAAUUCCAUCUCACCCCAUCCAGAUGGUAAUGGGCCGGGCCGGGACCGUAAUGGGCCAUCCCACCCCACUAGACAACCCUACUUUGCACAAUAGCCAUUAGAAAUUCCCAUUUAGUAAGUAAUUUUAACUUGUAUUCUCAGGUUGACCAUUACAGUAACCAUGAGUAUCAAGUAUAUUUGUGGAUAUAAAUUUAAACAUGAACUCAAGCUCACCUCUUUCGAAGACGAGGGAUCAGAUAACUAGCUACUGGAUUAGCAAAUGAUGUCUAGGGCAUCGUGAGUAAUAGAUCCUAGUUAAUGUGAUUGAAUUUCUACAUGGAGAUUUUGUAUCACCUUAAUAGGUAUACCUCUUGAUGCUCGCUGGUCACACAUUAUUUGUUUGUAUGCAUAUGUGUCAUAGACAUGAUAUUGGUUAGGGGUCUAUCCCACCAUGAGCAAAGAAGGAGAUGUUGGAUUUCCGAUAUGGGUCGUGGGUCGCUCUACGUGGGCAAAUGACCCGAAUGUAAGAGAUAAAAUAAAAAAAUAACCUCCCAGAGAGCAGUGUUAUGAAUGGCAAGCGCCAUUCGCCAAAGGCGAUAUGGCGAGGCGAGGCGAGCCAUUCUCGCCAUUCUUCACUGAGGCGCGGCGAUCCCAAAAAGGCGACCAUAUGGCGACGUAAAUGGCGGCGCCAUUUUGUUUUUAAAUUUUUAAAAAGCUUUGACUUAAUAAUAUUAGUCAAAAUUAGUUUUUUUUUUUUCCAUUUUCAAACUUUCAUCAAUCAGUCGCGUUUUUUUUCUCCUUGCGAUCUCUUCUCCUCGCGUCUCUUCUCCACGAGUUGCUGCUCCUCUUCAGCUCUUCCCCUCGCUGCCUCGCGUCUCUUCUCCUCCUUCAUCGCACCAGUUGCUGCCAGCCGCCAGGUAUACUCUUUUUUUUCUUCUUCUUUUCAGUUCUUUUCUUCUCUUCUUUUUUCGUUUCUUCUCUUCAAGUUCAGUCCUCUUCUUCGUUUCUCUUUCUUCUUUCUUUUUGAGAUACAGUAGCUUGCUGCUUUCACUGCUCUGUUUUUUUCCUCUGUUUUAUUGUUCAGCUGUUACUGCUUACUGCCUUCAGUGGUUGUUGUCUAUAAUUUAAAAAAACUGCUAUGUUUUUCUCCUCUGUUUUAUUGUUUUACUGCUCUGUUUUAUUGUUCAGCUGUUGCUUACUGCCUUCACUGGUUGCUGUCUAUAAAAAAAAAAUUAAAAAAAUUCUUCUAUAAUUAUUUAUUCAUUUGUUCAUAAACAGUGAAUUGACUGAAUUUAAUGGCGGAUGCUAGCAAAAAGAGGGACAUUGGAUGGAAUUAUGGUACCCAAGGAGCAACGAAAGAUUCAGUUAAUUGUAACUUUUGUGGGAGUACUUUUAAUGGUGGAAUAACUCGACACAAGCAACAUUUAUUGGGUGGUUUCAAGAAUGUUAAACAAUGUACAGCUUGUCCAUCGGCGAUUAGAGAAGAAGUAAGGGCUUAUAUGCAAAAUAAAAUCGCUAAUAAUCCCAAAUUUCAAGUGAGGUAGCCGGAAGAAUAUAUUGAUAUUGAUGAUAUGGAUGAAUAUGCGGAAAUGAUGCCUCCCUCCAAAACUCCAAAGAAAUCUUCUAGUGGAGGUGCAUCAUCCACCGCGCGGAAAGGCCCUAUGAAUCUCUAUUUUCCGCAGAAAUCAACACAAAAAGGAGGCUUUGAAAAAGGAGGAGGAAUUGAUGAAACAAAGAAAAUUCUAAGAGAGCGUGCGGUAAGUGCUUUCGCAAUAUGGAUGUAUGAUGCGGGGCUCCCUUUUAAUUGUGUCAAUCACAAAUCAUUUAAUAAAUUUAUUGAGACAGUAGGACAACAUGUCCCCGGAAUGAAGCUUCCUACAUUCCUUGAAGUUAGAGUUACUCACCUAAAAAAAGAGGUGGAGAAAGUGGAAAAAAUUGUUGAUGAGCAUAAAGUGCAAUGGACAAAGUUUGGAUGCUCCAUUAUGAUGGACAAAUGGACGGCACGAAAUGGUAAAAUGAUCAUCAAUAUUUUGGUGAAUUCUCCAAUCGGUAGUGUAUUUCUUGGUUCUGUUGAUGCUAGCAAUGAAUCUACCGAUUCCACCAAAAUGUAUAAGUUGUUUGAAAGCACUAUUGAAAGAAUUGGACCGGAAAAUGUUGUACAAAUUGUCACUGAUAAUGCUAGUGAGAAUGUUAAAGCGGGAAGCAUGAUGAUGGGUGCGUACCCACACAUUUAUUGGACUCCAUGUGCCGCUCAUUGCAUCAACUUGAUGUUUGGUGACAUAUUCAAGUUUUUAAGAAGGCCAUCAGAAUCCAUUCUUACAUUAGUCAAAGGCCAUUGUUGUUAAACUUGAUGAGAAAAUUCACCAAGGAAAGAAAUUUGGUGAA